UCCGCUUUCCGCUGCGGCGCGCGCUCCGCUCUCAGCGGACUCGGGAUCAUGGCGGCCACGGCCACGAUGGCGACCUCGGGCUCGGCGCGGAAGCGGCUGCUCAAAGAGGAAGACAUGACCAAAGUGGAAUUCGAGACCAGCGAGGAGGUGGACGUGACGCCCACGUUCGACACCAUGGGCCUGCGGGAGGACCUCCUGCGCGGCAUCUACGCCUACGGUUUUGAGAAACCGUCGGCCAUCCAGCAGCGAGCCAUCAAGCAGAUAAUUAAAGGCAGAGACGUCAUUGCUCAAUCGCAGUCUGGUACAGGCAAAACUGCCACCUUCAGCAUUUCUGUCCUCCAGUGUUUGGAUAUCCAGGUUCGCGAAACCCAGGCUUUGAUCUUGGCUCCAACAAGAGAGUUAGCUGUACAGAUCCAGAAGGGCUUGCUCGCUCUCGGGGACUACAUGAACGUGCAGUGCCAUGCCUGCAUUGGGGGCACCAACGUGGGGGAGGACAUCAGGAAGCUGGACUACGGGCAGCACGUUGUGGCCGGCACACCUGGGCGUGUCUUUGACAUGAUUCGGCGCAGGAGUUUGAGGACGCGUGCCAUCAAGAUGUUGGUGUUGGACGAGGCCGAUGAGAUGUUGAAUAAAGGUUUCAAAGAGCAGAUUUACGACGUGUACAGGUACCUGCCCCCAGCCACGCAGGUGGUGCUCAUCAGCGCCACGCUGCCUCACGAAAUCCUGGAAAUGACCAACAAGUUCAUGACGGACCCCAUCCGCAUCCUGGUGAAGCGUGAUGAAUUGACUCUAGAAGGCAUCAAGCAGUUUUUCGUGGCGGUGGAGAGGGAAGAGUGGAAAUUUGACACUCUGUGUGACCUCUACGACACGCUGACCAUCACUCAGGCGGUCAUCUUCUGUAACACCAAAAGGAAGGUCGACUGGCUGACAGAGAAGAUGAGAGAAGCCAACUUCACGGUCUCGUCCAUGCACGGGGACAUGCCGCAGAAGGAGCGCGAGUCCAUCAUGAAGGAGUUCCGGUCCGGCGCCAGCCGGGUGCUCAUCUCCACAGACGUGUGGGCCAGGGGGCUGGACGUCCCGCAGGUGUCCCUCAUCAUUAACUACGACCUGCCCAAUAACAGAGAAUUGUACAUACACAGAAUUGGGCGGUCGGGCCGCUAUGGCCGCAAGGGGGUGGCCAUCAACUUCGUGAAGAAUGACGACAUUCGCAUCCUGAGGGACAUCGAGCAGUACUACUCUACCCAGAUUGACGAGAUGCCCAUGAACGUGGCUGACCUGAUCUGAGGAGUCUGUCGUGCUGACGGGGAGCUGGUGGCCGUCUGCCCGCCCUGUGCUCUGGUUGGGAAGUGCUCAGGGACAGCUUCUGGGUGACGGCGUUUGUGUAAACUCUCCGACAGCCCCCAGGACGAGCCCUUGGUGUUUUUUUCUUACCUACAUGUAAAUAAUGCACUGCUCUGAGUUUUUUUCAUUAAAUGUUUAAGACUUUUACCAUA